AUGCCCAUACAACAUCAAUACCCAAAUGGAAUCAGCGAUACGGGGCUCUCGAUAGUCCAUGAACCCGAGGGCAGUGCACGAACCGCCGUUGUCGAGGUUCCUAAAAAAACCCCGAAUGACUUCUCUAGCAUCAUCAUCGUUCAUGGGCUCCAGGGGCACCCUUUCACAACAUGGGCCUGCAACAGACCGGCGCCCCCACGGCAGGCUUCUCUGCCAUUGCAACGCGGCAAGAAGAGGGAUUCACUGCGGGCCAUGCUCUCCGUGCGGCUCCGAAAAUCUUCCCCGAAUGGCAAGUCCCCGCAGCCGGCAGAGCUGGAUCAGCGGCGGGAGGCCCCGGGACCCGACCCGUUCAUCUACUGGCCCCGGGAUCUGCUCCCAAAGGACUGUCCCCAGUCUCGCGUCCUCGUUUAUGGCUACGACACCAAGGUCACCAAGUAUGUCAAAGCCGCGACUAAUAAGAACAGUGUCUUUUCCCACGCCAAGGACCUGCUCUUUGCCUUGUCUAGGGCAAGGCAGCUUGACCGGCCCCUAAUCUUCAUCGCCCACAGCCUUGGAGGAGUGGUCGUCAAGGAAAUGCUCGCCCAAUCCGCCAUGGCCACCGAGGAAGGACCGAAAAACAUAGUCGAUUCUACGUCGGCCGUCGUUUUUCUCGGCACCCCUCACCGGGGAAGCCCAGAGCUGGCGGCCCUCGGCGAAUGGGCCCGGAGCUUCAUUAGCACCUUCAGGAUGGAGACUAACGAUGCCAUUCUCAACGCCCUGAAUCUUAGGACCACUGAUCUUGAACGUGCUCAAGAAUCCUUCUCGGCCCUCUGGUUCAAGUACGACUUUCGGGUAAAGACAUUCCAGGAGGGUCUGGGGUUGACGGGUGUCAACUUGUCAGUUUUGGGCAACAAGGUCGUUCCGGACUCUUCGUCGUGCAUAGGUGACGCCCGUGAGCGCGCAGAGACUAUCCAGGCAAACCACAUGGAUAUGUGCAGAUUCAAAGGUCCGGACGACCCAAACUACCUGAAACUAUCCGGGGAAAUUGGCUCCAUCUAUGCAUCGCUGGUCGCUCUCAACGAACAAAAAGUCCACCACGACGGCUAUAUUCAACGGCAUAAACCAUCUCUCAGCGCUAGGUCAAUGAGGUCUGCGCGGUCAACGCGAACGAGAAGCGAGAGACAGCUUGGCCUGAGCGCCACUGAAAUGUCCAGUCUCAGAACCCUAUGGUAUGCGGGCAUGGAUGAACGAGGGCGGAAUGUGGAGGAGCCUGCCGCGCAAACGACGCUUUGGCUCUUUGAGCAGCCCUCGUAUCAAGACUGGUUUCAUGACCGGAACCAAGAUAAGCAUUGCUCCCUUCUCUGGCUGAAGGGCAAGCCCGGCGCAGGGAAAUCGACCCUUAUGAAGGCAGCGUUUCGGAGGGCGGAAGCUCAGCAAGCGCAAUACGGUUACUGGACGGCAGCUUUCUUCUUCAACGCAAAAGGCAGCGAUCUGGAGCAUUCCCCCCUCGGCCUCUUUCGGUCACUGUUGUAUCAACUCUUGCCCCGGUAUCCUGGCCAGCUCCGUCGAUUCACCCAGAUCCUGUCCUCCAAAAGUGACCUGAACCCAGACGAGCCACCCACCCUCAGUGAAUCUGAACUUAAGACCUUCUUUCAGUCCAUGUUUGCGACGAAAAUGGAGGGGAGGACCGUCAUUUUUGUUGAUGCUCUCGACGAGUGCGACGCCAAGACUAUGCGGUCCCAAGCCUACUUCUGGAGGGAGAUCACCCAGUCUGCCAAUGCGGCCGGCACUGAGCUCAGCGUUUGUCUUUCAAGCCGUCAUUUCCCAGCCAUCACAGUAACCAACUGCCCCGAGAUUGCCGUGGAUCAGCACAACAACCAAGAUAUCAUUACGUAUGUCGACCAGAGACUCGGCCUUGGAAUUUCCGAAGCAGAACCAGAAAGAAAAAUUCUCAGGGACCGCGUCAUCAACAAGUCGGCUGGCGUGUUCCUCUGGGUGACCUUGGUUGUGGACGACAUACUCCAGAAACGGGAUGAGGGCACAAGCUUACGGGCUUUGCUUGGCGAGCUUGACAACAUCCCCGAGGAAUUAGAGACCCUUUUCUCGUCCCUGCUCCGGGCCCUGGAACCAGAAUUGAGGCAGUUCACUCUCCGGCUUUUUGAAUGGGUUGUUUUGGCGACCAGGCCCCUCCGUCUCUACGAAUGGCACCACAUCCUUGGUUUCAUCCAGCCCGAACCACCCGAGUCUCUCGCCGCAUGGCGAACAUCAGAAAAAUACACGGAAAACACCGACCAGUUGGUCAAGCAGAUCAGGACGGUAUCUAAAGGUUUGAUCGAAAUUAUAUCUAGCGUCGGCGAUCAUCAAAGCGACGGCUCCGCGCUCAGCUCUGCUUAUGCCGGCGCCGGCUCGAUGGAACUCGACCAGGGCGAGAACCGCAUCGUACAGGUAAUUCACGAAUCGGUACGGGAAUACUUCUUGCACGGCGGUGGCUCCUCUUUGUUUGCCGAGAGUCCCAGUCAAUCAUUCGUUGCCCGAGGGCACCUCUCCAUCAUUGGCACCUGCCUGGACUAUAUCAAUAUCAAGGAGCUGGAUGCGCUCGUCGAGGCACGCAGGGGGCCAAAGAAACCCGUUUCCCGACCCGGGUCGGGAUUUUUAUCCGUCCCGCGUAGAGCGGGUUCCUGGGCAUCGUCAAGUGACUCCGACCUUUCUUCUACUCGAGACGCCCCUGGCGGCUGGGGACGUAGGGAUUCCGGCAGUGUUAAAAGCUUUGGCUCCGCUUACAGUCACUCCAGCAGCUACGGGGCACGGGCUGGAAGGUACAGCCAUGAUUCGGCGAGGGUCGGUCUUCCAGGAGGGCGCGACUAUUAUGGAUUCGAUCAGGAGAUAAUGCCCAAGGGUGGCCAGUGGUCUCCCAAACGGCCCAAGCCCGGUCGUAAUGUCCCACUCGGGGAGUCCGUCUUUGAAGAACUCAAAAAGACAUCUGACGCGGCCUGGGGCCGUGAUUACUUUGCACAGAGGAUGUCCAUGUAUAAAAUGGCCCCCGAUCAGAUCUCGGUGAACCCGUCUCUUCCGUACGAAACCAUGACGGUCCAGACGCGGCUUCUCGAAGACUACCCGGCACUCCUCUCCUACGCCGUAUCCGAGAUUUUCACACAUGCUCAAUUGGCUGAUAAAGCAGGCGCCGAUCCGAGCCCGGUUGUCCUUCGCUUCCAGCAGAAAGGCCAAUGGGCCAGGUGGUUAGCUUUGGCCGAGGACUUGUCCCUCAACACUGGACUACUCUACUUUGCCGCGGACCAAGAGCUUUUAUCUUGGGCCCGCAAGCUGAGCACCAUGAAGCGGUUGGGUACGGGCCAUGCACUACCUAUGACAAAAUGGUCCACGCAGUGGUUCUCUGAGGCUGUCAACGAGAUGCUAAAACCUCUUCCUGACAUGAAACUGGUUAAAUCAGCGGCUGUGGAGGCGGUGAAGAGGCGAAACAAAACCGCCCUAGAUUUUCUCUUGCGGCAUUUUGGGUCUAUUUUUUUUGAGGACGACGACGUGGAUGGCCAUCCCCUUCUUCAUACCCUGGUGGCGAAACGCGACGUCUCGCUGCUGCAGACAUUCUUCUCUCGAGCCCAGGAGGAACCUCAAACCAAGAAAGAUAUUCUCUACCUAGAUGGUGAUGAGUGUGUUCCAUUGGUAGAUAGGCGCGACCUCCUCGGUCAGACAGCUCUGCACAUUGCAGUGGCAGUGCGGGACGCCGCGUUGGCCUCGGAGCUACUUCGACAUCAUGCAGACAUCAAUGCGCUUGAUAAGGGUCACCGGGCAGCGUUGCAUAUUGCGUGCACGAACAACUUGGGAGGAGGCUUCGGCACGGGUGAGGGUAAGAGCGCUGCGGUGACAGAGACGGCAGACUACGACAUGGUGGAACUACUUCUAACGAACGGCGCGCGUUGCGAUGUCUUGGAUAACGAUGGCCACACAGCCCUACAUGUCGUUUGCUACAACAUCCCCGAACCACCGUUGCCGGAAGAAGGUAACCCGGACCCUGGCGGAGGGGUGGCGGAACCUAACGGGGUUGUCCGCAUCAUCGAUCUUCUACUAUCAUAUGGAGCAAAAGUCGACGCACUGAGCAAUCUCGGCACUACCCCCCUACACAUGGCCUGCCGCGCGGGAAACGUCUGGCGUGAAUCGUGCCCGAACACGUUGGCGGCCGCCAGGCGACUCCUAGAUGCCGGGGCCAAUCCCAACGCGAGCAGCGACGCGAACGAGAGACCGCUGCACGUCGCGGCCGCACGCGCGGAGCACCACAUCGUCGCGGAGCUCAUCCAACGCGGCGCCAAUGUCAUGGCGCGUGACGACCUCGGCCAGGCCCCUCUCCAUCACGCCGCAUGGGCGGCGAACGACAGCGUCGCGGCGGAACUCCUCGCACAUCCUAGGCAAACCGUCGAUUGUACGGACGGCCGGGGAUCUACGCCGCUGCACUUUGCCUGCCAGUUCUACCCCGCCGAGGGCAACGACAAGUUGUGCGCACGCAGCCUGCGGCUCAUGAGACGGCUCCUGGAGCAGGGCGCCCAGGUGCACUCGGCAAAGAACUGGCUUGGUCUCUCGCCGUUCCAGCUCGCGCAGUCUCGGAAUCUGGUCAAGGUCGUUCCGCUACUGAGGGAAUUUGGUGGCGGCGCGCUGGCCCCAGAGGCCUCAGAAUGGUCGUCGGUGCCGCCGCCACUGCCGCCCCCGAGACUGGUGCCACUAUCGUCGCCUCCACCACUGCUGCCGCCGGGGCUGAUACAGCCGAAACCCGGGCAUGAUUGGCCAGACACGGAGUUUUUCCGACGCUGGGCGCAGAUUUUGAGGGGGGACACGGAACUUGUUGUUGAGCGUGGUGGUGCGAGCACAGCGGGUACUGCGGGUACUGCGGGCACUAGGGUGCUUGGGAGUCCAGGAGUUCCUGAGGGCACAUAG